GCGGGGAAGAUGGCGGCGGGGGAGGAGGAAGCUCCGCGGCGGGCGAGGUGACGGGCGGGCAGCGUCACAUCGUGAGAAGUAGAAGCCAAACAGCACAAGAACGAUGCCUGGCAGAGUCUGCUGCUGCUGUGCUGCCCUGCGCCCUCGUUACAAGCGCCUGGUGGAUAACAUAUUCCCCGAAGACCCCAGAGAUGGCCUUGUCAAAGCCGACAUGGAGAAGCUGACCUUCUACGCCGUCUCGGCCCCCGAGAAGCUCGACCGCAUCGGUGCCUAUUUGGCAGAGCGGCUCAGCAGGGAUGUCGUCAGGCACCGCUGUGGAUACGUCUUCAUCGCCAUGGAAGCCCUGGACCAGCUCCUCAUGGCUUGCCAUUCACAGAGCAUCAAGCCGUUUGUGGAGAGCUUCCUCCACAUGGUGGCCAAGCUGCUGGAGUCUGGAGAGCCCCGGCUGCAGGUCCUGGGAACCAACUCGUUUGUCAAGUUCGCCAACAUCGAAGAGGACACGCCGUCCUAUCACCGGCGCUACGACUUCUUCGUGUCUCGCUUCAGUGCCAUGUGCCAUUCCUGCCACAGCGACCCGGAAAUCCGGAACGAGAUCCGUAUUGCUGGAAUCCGGGGCAUCCAGGGAGUGGUCCGCAAAACGGUGAACGACGAGCUCCAGGCGACCAUCUGGGAGCCUCAGCACAUGGACAAGAUUGUCCCCUCGCUGCUUUUUAACAUGCAGAAGCUGGAAGAAGUGGACAGCCGCAUCGGCCCACCCUCCUCUCCAACGGGAGGCGACAAGGAGGAGAAUCCGGCCGUGCUGGCUGAGAACUGCUUCCGAGAACUGCUGGGCCGUGCCACCUAUGGGAACAUGAAUAAUGCGGUCAGGCCAGUCUUCGCACAUUUAGACCAUCACAAGCUGUGGGAUCCCAAUGAAUUUGCUGUCCACUGCUUUAAAAUCAUUAUGUACUCGAUACAGGCGCAGUAUUCUCACCAUGUAAUUCAGGAGAUCCUGGGGCACCUGGACAGCUGCAAGCGAGAUUCCCCCCGAGUGCGCGCAGGGAUCAUCCAGGUGCUCUUGGAGGCGGUGGCCAUCGCGGCAAAGGGGUCCAUCGGCCCAACCGUCCUGGAGGUGUUCAACACGCUGCUGAAGCACCUGAGUCUGAGCGUGGAUCUCGAGCUGGGCAGCAGGCGCGGCUCGGCGGGCAGCACCAGCCUCAGCAUCCGCUCGAAGGACAGCGACGAGAAGAUCGUCCAGAACGCCAUCAUUCAGACGAUCGGUUUCUUUGGGAGCAACCUUCCGGAUUACCAGCGGUCCGAGAUUAUGAUGUUUGUCAUGGGGAAAGUCCCCGUGUUUGGGAUGUCGACCCAGACCCUGGACACCAGCCAGCUCGGCGCCCUGGGGACGCGGAGGGUUCAGGCCAUGCUGUUGCGCUCCCUGCUGAUGGUCACCUCCGGCUACAACGCCAAAAGCAUCGUGACUGUCCUCUCGGCGCCGUUUCUCGAUCCCCUGCUCUCCUCCUCACUCAUGGAAGACUGCGAGCUCCGGCAGCUGGUCCUGGAAAUACUGCACAAUCUUAUCGAUCGGCAUGACAACCGAGCAAAGCUCAGAGGAAUCAGAAUAAUACCUGAUGUGUCCGAUCUGAAGAUAAAGCGAGACAAAAUUUCACGGCAGGAUGUGAGCUUCAUGAAGAAGCACGGCCAGCAGCUCUACAGGCACGUCUACCUGGGCUGCAAGGAGGACGACAACGUGCACAAGAACUUCGAGCUGCUCUACACGUCGCUGGCGCUGAUCACGAUUGAGCUCGCCAACGAAGAGGUGGUCACGGACCUCAUCCGCCUGGCCAUCGCCUUGCAGGACGUCGCCAUCCUCAACGAGGACAGCCUGCCCAUGUUCAGCCGCUGCAGCAUCAUGGCCCUGGUUGCCGCGUACCUCAACUUCCUGAGCCAGAUGAUCGCCGUCCCGGCCUUCUGCCAGCACGUCAGCAAGGUCAUUGAAACGAGAACUAUGGAAGCGCCGUACUUUCUGCCAGAAACCGUAUUCCGGGACAAGUGCAGUCUUCCCAAAACCUUGGACAAGGAUGACAAGAACUUGUUUUUCCUGACUCACAAGAUCGCUGAAUCUUUGGGCGGCAGCGGGUAUAGUGUGGAGAGGCUUUCUGUACCUUACGUGCCCCAGGUGACAGAUGAGGACCGGCUGUCCCGGAGGAAGAGCAUUGUGGACACGGUGUCGAUUCAGGUGGACAUCCUCCCCAGCGGUGGCGGUGCGGAGGACAAGGUCAACAACAUGGAGGAAAUUACCUUUGAAUCGUUGAAGAAGGCUAUAGACAACGCAGGUCUGGAAGAGCAGGAGAAGGAGAAGAGGCGCCUCGUGAUCGAGAAGUUCCAGAACGCUCCCUUUGAAGAGAUCGCUGCCCAGUGUGAGACCAAGGCAACCCUCCUUCACGACCGGCUCGCUCGGAUCUUGGAGCUCACCAUUCGCCCCCCUCCCAGCCCCUCAGGGACGCUGACGAUCACAGCCGGACACCCCCACUACCAAUCCGUUCCAGUCUAUGAGAUGAAGUUUCCAGAUCUUUGUGUGUAUUAAGCCUCUUCUAGCCUCAGUUGGGCAUUGUUUAGUAUUAAAGCACAUUGUCUCGAGCCCAAGAUGAGUUUUUAGCUCGAGCCUCCAUCGUUUCCUUUGUCCCAGCUUCAUGCAGCUUUCAGAAAUAACCCCGGAUAAAGUGCGGCCAGGCUGGGAUUGUGCCUGCAUUGCAGAUUGCUCAUUCUGCAAGACUCGCUCUGCCUCUGUUGCCAGGCUGUUUGAUGUUUCAUUGAACAGAGAAUGUUUAGAUGAGAUGCCGCCUCGGCACUCGUGGCUUCACUCCACGCAGAGGGGGUGGCACUGGCCCCCUCCUUGCUGGUUCGUUCAGGCUCUGCCUUUGCACAGCACAAGUGCCUGAGCCCCACCAGCAGUGCGGGGUGAACACCUGGCUGCUGUGGGUUUCCUGGCACCAAGCGUCGCGCAAGGGGCGACACGUUGCCUCCCCGUCAGUCACAGCCGUGAACUCGAGUGCACCGUGCUUCCUAGGAAUUCUGCAUCAGUGCCAUUUCCCACAUGUUCUGCUGCAGCAAAGAAAUGAGGUCUUUUUAAAUAAGAUACCUGGCAAUAUUUUUGAUGUCUUAAAAUGUCGCGUUCUUAACCCAGGCUUCUGGGGGGAAAUAUUUUUGCUGUGCUGCUUUUUAGGAUCUGCAUUAUAUAUGACCUAUUUAGUAUAGCACAAGAGAAUUAAGGGCAUUUUAAAAUGGUACAAUUUUUUUUACUAAUUCUCUGUGGAACUGUAAAAGUGAAGCGAGUUAUUCUACACAAUAUUUCUCUCUGUAGUGUAGUUGUGUAGGUUUUAAUGAUACUUUAUCAACUGAAGGAAAAAUGGUGGCGCUCCCUGGAGAGGUGAGUGGGUCAGUUGCAUAGAGGUCCUCUCCUGCCCCGAGGGGCUGCAUUUUAGAAAUGCGUGGCCUUGUAUUUGCUUCAACAUCAUUGGCACAUUUUCCUCCAAGAAUAGAAUAUGGACUUGCUCAGCUCCAUUAUUCUGUGUAUCCCAGGCAAGACCUUACAGCAGUAGCCUGCUGCUUGAUCUGCACUUAACACGCACGGCCCAAGAAACCAAGGACACUGUGGUGGAGUUCGAGCCAUGCCUGCAAUUUCACUGGUGAAAAUAUAAAUUCUUCAACAGGCUGGCACUUGUGACUGUGUUGGUGAUUCAAGGCCAGUGGUACCUUUAUGUUGUGCAGUGAGACAUCCGCAACGUGCUUUCUCGAUGUUCACAUAUCGGAAAACCUUCUCAUCACUGGUCUGGGUUCGAGCUUGAUUGUAAACUUAGUCGAGGGUGGAAGGACACGUUGUCACAGUGCGCACCGUGUUGAGAUUCUUGGUUUCUUGGGAGAGGUCUAGUCUUUCCCCUGAGUUCUUUUAAAUUUCCCAGCCUGUGAAACAAGGCACUGAUGUGUUUCAGAAGUGCUUACGGUAACCAAGGCCUUCUUUUCAGUUUGACAGCGCAGUCACAGCUCUUAGUGGAUGACGAAACAGCCUCUUUCGUACAGCUUUUCCCUGUGGUUGCCAGUGCUCCACACUUCCACCCUGCUCAGACCAGAGGCAGCACCCCUCACAGAACGCAGUGCCGUUUUCUCGGCACCCUUAGCUUCCACAUUUUGGUUCUGGAAGGUAAGCUGUCUUGGCGUCUGGUAUCAUCCAGGUGGCAUUUUCUUUAAAGAUGCACAUCAGUCAGAGGUCAGCACACACAUGAAGGAGGCUAUCCGUGCCGCUGUCGUAACUUGGGUACACCAGGCGCGAGAACGCCGUUUUAUUUGCACUCGUGCCAUCUGUGGGACGUACUGCUCAACGGCUCAGCCGCUGCCUGCUCAGCCCUGCAUGCAACAGAUGCCUUUCAUUUCAUGUCCCGUUCGCUUUGGUGUCUCCAACGAGUUGUUUUUGUAUUUUUGUUGUUGUAUUACACAGUAAAAUUCCACAUUUCCUCAGCAUUUAAUAGGGGUGGGAAAGCAAGCAGGAGCUCCCAUCAUUUGUGGUUGGUCCAAAGUAAGGCAUUCCAUGGUGAAAUGUAGAGGCGUGGGAAAGAACAGCUUCGUUGGCAUUGCCCCGACAGUAGUCAAGAUGGGCUGCUAAUGGUUAACUUUGAAACAGUUCCUUGAAAUCAAUAAACUGUUUGGAGGGCUUUUGGUAAAAAGACCCAUGUGCUUGACGAACUGUGUUUGUGACAGUGUUGGUGCCGUUUGAAUGUUGUUUGGAGUCCUGCGGGUAUUUGUAUCUAUGACAGUUCAUACCUGGGCAUUUCAGCUGAUCGCUUUAAAAGUCUCUCUCUCAUUCUCAAUUUUAUUUUAAGGCAUAAAUAAAAACAGGACAGUCAGAGAAUGUUUUGAGCUGUUUCUUUUACCGAUGCUUAGAUAUAUAUGGUUUGAACUCUCUGUGAUGACCUAUGUGACUAAGUGUAAAAACACUGUGCAAUCCACAUGUAAGCAAUAAAGCAAACCAAAUAAGCAACACACGAA